CAAAUUUUCUUUUUUUGUCAAAAUUAAACAGAAGUUAGGAGCGGAUAUGAUCACUUGGCGUUCUUAGAAGAAUAUUUAUAAAAUGCUGUUUCGUGAGGUCAUGCCCUCAUAGCCAGCCGGCCCACAUACAGGACCUUGAGAAAGAGGAAUGUGCAACAAUGAAAUUGAUAUGCCAUGCUCAUAAGCCAUAUGUCAGAAAGUCUAUAUCUGCUUUUCAGAUCCACUCCACAAUCUAGAGAGCAGGGAACAGCACUAUUACUACAAAGAGCACAUAUUGGAACACUAUUACUAUAAAAAGAACAUAUUGGAACACUACAUCUAUGUUAUGGACUUUAUUGAAAGAUACUCAUAUCAAACCUGGACUAGAAAACUUCAUCUUAUGCCAUUCGACAGAAAAACUACAUAACUGGUCCUAGGCAAAUAACCAUACAACUGUGGAGAAAUCCACUGAAACUCGCAUCAGAAUGGAUUAGUCUGAAGAUAAAUAAGUAUGUAACAUGGAUGUGAUAAACAGAACAUCAGAGCAAAGGAGCUGAUAGUGUCAAGAUAGCAAUUAUCUUGUAUAUAGGUAUACAUAUACAGCCAGCUAGUGCAGAGAUUGAUCAGCGAUGGGUGGAAACUUGUUCAGUUGUCAUUCAGGGGGAGGACGGAGGGCCAACAAGAUGCACAAUGGUAACAGGCUCUCCAGGGAGGAUCUUAACUUCAUCUAUCAGUAUAGUGGUAGCACCCCCAUAUCCCCAAGUCUCUCAGGGGGUGCUCCUGUAUCUCCACUACGCAACAAUGGACACAAUCAGAAGAUCCCUGUCCCCAUGCUAACCUCUACCCCAGUAAUACAACCAGAAAAUGGAACAGCUAUUAAACUUGCUGAGGGACCACUUUGUGUGGACAUUAGCCCUGCAGGGUACACGACCACUACCUCACACUCUAAGAUCUCCCUAAAUGAGAAUAUAUAUGAUAAAGUACAGCCAUCAAGUGCCCCCUCUAGUCCAACAGUUAGGCGGAAAGCCCCACCAAAGCCACCACGGAUGCGUAGUGUCAUACAAGUGGAUGAUGACAACAAGGGCCCAGUGCUUAAGGUGGAUGAUCAUCUGUACGUGAACAUAUCAGAGCUCUCGCCAUCGCACUCUUUGAGGUCAUCCAUGCCCCCGUUAUCUCCACAAACGCCAGUCCGUAGCUCCAUGGAAGACAUCACGAGCAUGUUCAGUGAAAAUGACUCUGUAUAA